GUUGUUCCUAGCAACCGGGCGACCGUCUGACAGUUGUCCAACCGCAGGUGACUCCGGCCAUGAAUCCGCCCGGGCCUUUGGAGGUCCUGGAGCAGAAUGAGGAGGAGCACUUACCCACCCAGAUCCUCGGGCCCUCGGUACAUUCCGAUAACCCUCAGGAGCGGAUCCUGGCCCGGCGCCUCCGCAUCGCUACGCGCCAGGAAAACCGGCGGAGGGAAGCACUUGGAGAAUACAUAGAUGGGAAGAAGGAGAGUGAGGAGGAUCAAAGCAAGAGCGACAAACAGAAAGAAGAAAGCAGGCUGAAAUUGGCUAAACUGCUGCUCUGUGGCACUGAGUUGGUGACAAAUAUCCAGGUGGCUGCAGAUACCCGAGAGAUCCACAGGCGAGUAGAAGAAGAGGAGAUGAAGCGCCAGAGACUUGAGAAGCUGGAGAAUGAAAUGAAGACCAGCCAGGAUAAGUUUGAUGAAAUCACCGCCAAGUGGGAGGAAGGCAAACAGAAGAGAAUUCCCCAGGAGCUGUGGGACAUGCUGAACACCCAGAAGCUACACUGUGCUGGGCUGAUAGAAGAUAAGAACAAGCUUAUCAGUGAGCUACAGCAGGAGUUAAAAACCAAGGACGACCAGUAUGUGAAAGAUUUGAAGAAACAGUCGGAUGAUAUCUCCCUGCUUCUGGAGAGGAUGGAAGAGCAGGUGAAGAGUGUAACGAAGACCUUUCGUCACGAGAUACAGCAAGUUGAGAGAGCAUUUGAGGUGGAACGGCAAGAGCUACUGUCCAGUAAUAAGAAGAAAUGGGAGCGGGCACUGCAGGCUCACAGUGCCAAAGAGGGGGAGUAUCUCAUGAACCGCAUUAAGAAGGUGGAGGACUACGAGAAGCAGCUCAAGACGCAGCGGGUCUGGGACUGCGAGGAGUACAACAGCAUCAAGAUCAAGCUGGAGCGCGAUGUGCAGAUUCUUGAACAACAGCUUCAGCAGAUGAAAGCAACUUACCAGCUAAACCAAGAGAAACUGGAGUACAACUUCCAGGUGCUGAAGAAGCGCGAUGAAGAGAGCACAGUGAUUAAGUCCCAGCAGAAGAGGAAGCUCAAUCGCCUUCAUGAUAUCCUUAACAAUCUGAGAUCAAAAUAUACCAAGCAGAUAAAGCAGUUUCAGGAGGAGAACCAGUCUCUGACCUCAGACUACAAACGCCUUGUGAUGCAGUUCAAGGAUCUCCAGAAAGCCAUGAGGCAGUCCACUCUUACCGAAGACAAGAAGUUUCGGGAGAUCUGGCUGAUGAAUGAGGAGGAGGCGAAGAUUCUGAUAGGCAAAGCCUUUGAUGUAGACAGGAUCAUCCACACCCACCACCUGGGGCUCCCCUGGACGGCACCUGAUUUCUGGUUCCUCAAGAACGUGGGGCCCAUUUCUCAGCAGCAGCAGAAGUCGGCCACACAGAUCGUAGAAGAAGUGCUGAUGCUCACAGAAGAGGAUGGGGCAGAAGAGGCCACCUCAGAACAUGAGUCUUACCUGGACCUGCCCAAGCAAGUUUCCGCACAAACUACCCGAAAGAUCCUGAUGCUGCUGUGUGACGAGUCGGGCUUCCUCAUAGAGAAUAAGCUGCAGAGCCUUCUGCUGCCCCUGGAGAAGAGCGAGUGCUAUCUGCUGAGGCUGGACGCCAUCUUCUCCGCCCUUGGAAUUGAAAGUGAGGAUGACUUGUAUAAACUCGUGACCUUCUUUCUUAAAUACAGAGCUCGUCACUCACUCUCCGACCAGGCAAGCGUGGAGCAAACGAGCUUGGCCUCUGUGCUGGAGCCAGCAGAGGGGUCAGAGGAGAGGCUGGAGGAACCGAAGGAGAGCCUGGUGGAGGAGGAACAGGGAGAGGAGACCCUGCCUUCCCCCUGGCUCAUCCACCCCAACGAUGUCCUCAAGAUCCUGGAGGCCUUUGUCUCGGGGCUGAAGAAGCCCAGGGACACCCAAGCACCAAGAGUGCAGAGGAACGUGCGAGAUAAUUCCAAAGACUCCGAGUACUGGAAGGCCCUGACCACAGUCAUCCCUCCGGCCAAGCAGAGCCUCUGGGACGCCCUCUACGCAGGCCUGGAGAAGUACCAGUGA